UGCGAUCUACCACACUACGCCGCGAUCGACUGGCAGGUCGCGAUCGACGUGUUGAGACCCUGAUCUACAGGAAGUAAAAGUCGUAACAAGGUUUCCGUAGGUGAACCUGGGGAAGGAUCAUUACCGAUGAACAGACCGUCUGCAUGAGAGCGGACAGAGUUCAGAUUGAAGUGGUGUAUUGGAAGCUCAUUUUGCAAGUGACUUUUUUUUCGUCCCGACGACCAACAACAGAUGAAUUGGAAGCUCAUUCUGCGCAUGCGUUAAAUGCGUUAAAAAAAAAAAACUAGUUAAACCUGUAAUUGAAUUAACUGAGUUAACGCGUUAUUUUUCACAGCACUACUUUAUACACACCUUUGGAGUUUGCAAGAUGAACUUGGUACGUUCAGCUCGGUGUAUCUGGGUGAGGCUCAGAUGCGGGAUGGGAGGAGAGAGAUGUUUGCCCUGAAGCACCUCAUCCCCACCAGCCACCCCACGCGCAUCGCUGCUGAGCUUCAGUGUCUCACUGUUGCUGGCGGCAGAGAGAACGUGAUCGGGGUGACAUAUUGCUUCAGGAAGGAGGACCACAUAGUGAUUGUCAUGCCCUACAUGGAGCAUCAAGCUAUUGUGGACAUUAUUGGCGCAUUGAGCUUUGAAGAAGUCUGUCUGUACAUCUAUCGGCUGCUGGCGGCCCUGAGACACAUCCACCAGUUUGGGAUCAUUCACAGAGACAUCAAACCAAACAACUUCCUCUACAACAGGAACAGCAAAACGUUUGCGCUGGUGGACUUCGGCCUGGCUCAGGGUACAGCAGACACCCACAUUGAGCUGCUGAAGGUAGUGAGGCAGCGGACAUUGCAGAAAGGUGGAGGGUCCACUGGGAAACAAGACGCAGCACAGCAGAUCAAAGCACCCCCAAGACUCCUUCCCAAAACCACCACCACAGCCUCGACCUCACGACCUUUUCCUGCACAGCAGUCCACAAACUUGCCACCUUCUUCUUCUUCCUCCACCACAUCCUCCUCAGCCUCACAGAAAGCACUGGUUAAAAAAGCACGCUCUGUCCCCCCCACCGUCACCACCUCUCGCACAAAGCACACAAAGGAUUUGACAGGACUGCGCAAAGUGCCCCGUCCUGUGUUUGGAGAGCGGAACCUGAACAGCUGCACCCGCGCUCCAUCCACCACCAAACAGGUGGCCAUGAAGACGGAGGUAAGCAAGUUGAAACUCAGCAAAACAGACGACCCAGCCAACCGAAGGUGCUCUUCAGCCAGCCGGGGCCCGCUGCCCGCCAGGACCCCGAGCAGCAGUCAGAGGCCUCCGAGGACUGUCCAGCAGGGCCUCACCUGCAACUGCUACCUCACCGACCGGGUCUGCAACAUCUGCUUGUCUAGGAAGCAGCAGGUGGCUCCCAGGGCGGGAACCCCGGGCUUCAGAGCACCUGAAGUCCUCACGAAGUGUCCCAACCAAGGAACAGCCAUCGAUGUGUGGUCCGCUGGUGUGAUCCUGCUCUCACUGCUCAGCGGCCGAUACCCGUUUUUCAAAGCCAACGAUGACCUCAUCGCCCUCACUCAGAUCAUGAGCAUCCGAGGCUCCAGAGAGACCAUCCAGGCCGCCAAGGCUUUUGGCAAAGCAGUGGCGUGCAGCCGGGAGCUGCCUCGGCAGGACCUCCGAACGCUGUGCGAGACGCUGAGAGGACGGAGGCCAUCGCCAGGUGACGAAGUCACACCACUUCAAGAAGCCAACAAAGACUCCGCGGUCACCCGUCACGGCAGGAUCCCAGAUGAUACGCCCACACACCGUCCCACUGAGGGACCACGAGAGCGGCACGGAGAGGACGCAGGAGAAAGUCCUUCGUCUCCGUCGUCUACUCGUCCAAACCACAGAGAACAGUCGGGGAACACAGAAACGACUCUCCUUGCUCAGCGGAGGCUGGAGACUGACUGCAAGCUAAAGGAAGACCUGCAGGGCUGGGACCAAGUCCCCGAUGAGGCCUACAACCUGCUGGACCGGCUGCUGGACUUAAACCCUGCUACCAGGAUCACAGCUGCUCAGGCCCUGCAGCACCCGCUGUUCAAGGACCUGUGAAGGCGCAUGUGUUAUCAUAGAAGGGGCCUCUUCUCUGUGAAGACAGGAUGCAGUUGGUUACGGCUGCAUACUGUGAUUUAUUUAUUUAAAUAUUUUACUCUGUACUUUUAUACCUCGGGACAAAAAGAGAAAUACACAACUUGAGGAGUCUUGUUAUUUCCGUGUGAUGCUUUCCAGUCGAGAGGGAGAAGUACACAUGUUCGUAACGUGUGUCAAAGCUGCCUUAUCUCCUUAUCUCUGCUGUAUUUCUAAAGAUUUACAAGUGUUAAUAUUAUUUUUUAUUAUGAAUGUGACUGUUUUAGCAGUGUUAAUUUAUAAAUGUAAAGUUUGCCGCAAUAUAUAUUUAAUAAAGAGGAGGAAACAAAGCA